UUGUUUGUUUCAGUGGAAAAUUCUUUUUUCAGGGAUAUAUCACAGCCUGAGCUUAUCAGCCAGCAAAGUAUAGCGCCAGUCAGUGGCACGACGACAGCAGCGACGACGUCGUCAUCCAUAUUUCCCUCGGCUGUCUCCAAGGCAGGCUUGCGGAAUUCCCCGAGUAAUUCGUGCUCGCCGCAGGUGUUGGGAGCCCAGAAUUCCCCGGCGGGAGGACCGAUGUCAAAUGGCCCAUCAUCUCAUCCGUCUACCUCUACUCCCCAUGACAUCGACGUUGGAGGUCUGUCCCAACCUUCAAGUCAGACUCAAGCGUACGAUCUUACUGUGCGGGCGAGCCCAAGCGCAGGAACUCCUGAAGCCGGCGGUGCGCAGGAGUUCGCCCCUCGCCCACCCAACGCCUUUAAGAAUGGCACCGUCCUCAACCACUCAGAAUCACAACCGUCGACGUCUCAAGGCGGCGGUCAGCCCGUUGUGGACGAUAACUGGGCUGGAAUAGAUCUCGGCGACUUGGAUCUGUUCACGGGAACGUCUUCCAAGGAAAAUGACGCUGCUAUCUCCAGUGUUUUCGAGCUUGGUGGGAAUCUCUUCCCGGAAACCUUCCAUGAAUCGUCACAAAAAACUGGCACAUUCUCUGCCACUUCUGCGUCCCAGACUGCAGCAAGUCACACAGAAAUCACAACUGCCGACCAAGAGUUUGAUCAGAUCUUCAGUAGCUUAGAGAAUCAAAACUCAUCUACCAAUGCCUUUCCAUUCGACUUUCACGGCGGUGAAAACAAUCCUAGUCUUAGUCCUGUACAGUUUACUCCUCCUGACUCACCUUCAGCGGAUUCUCCCGAACCGAAUAUUAUGGGUUUAUUUGUGGCUCCAUCAACCUCCUCCCACCAACCGAGCACCACCAGUUCUCCCUUUCCACCUCCCUCACAGACGCCUGCUCCUCCUACAGGAAGCUCCAAGCGGAAAACAGGUGAAAUGGCGAUUUUCUAG